AUGACUCAAUCCGCGAACUUCGCGUGGGUAAUCGACAUUGCAGACGACGUUCUUGCAGUUAGCGCAAAAUACGUCCUCCGCUUCAAGCUCCCGAAACCGGAGUUCGAUUUUGGUGCUGGUGAACUGUCGGGUCCUGGUUUCCUGAUACUACGAUCAGCUGCUCCUACAACAUCAUCCUCGUCUACAUUUAGUAGUACCUCAACUUCCAGUAUAUCUAUACUGUCAACUUCAACAUCAAUCUCUUCCUCCUCAACAACGACACCCACACAAUCCACCUCCUCCGCCAUAAACACAGCAGACUCAACUGGAUUAAGUACUGGCGCCAAAGCUGGCAUCGGAAUUGGGGUCGCAGUAUCUGCAAUAGCAACCGCAGCUGUAGUGUGGUUCUUCUUCGUUCGCAAGAACAGGGAGUCGAAGAGCGAGGAUGAUCAGCUCGUUGCGGCGAGUGGUGUGAAUGAAUCUGGGAAUUAA